AUGGCAUGUCAUUCAAAACGAGAUGAAAUUCUUAUAUAUGAUAAAGAUGAACUUAUCUUAUACAAUGUUAAUGGUACUUUAGUAAAUAUAAAUACUACGAUUAAAAAAAUUUAUGGUACUCAAUCAAAUCAUCUUAUUUCUUUGACUUAUAUUGUACAAGAUAAAAAUAUUCAAUAUGUUCGUGUUAAUCUAUCUGGUUCACAACUUGGUCUUGUUAUUAAAUAUAAAAACGAUCAAUUUCGUUUUGUUCUUUAUCCAAUGGAUUUAAUAUAUAUAUGUUGCAAUUGGUUAAGAUAA